AUACAUUAGUUCGUAACACGUCUAGACGGACAUACAUACAAUUUUAUACCGAAAAAAAUAAUCAAAAAAAUACCAAAAAAAUAAUAAAAAAACGCGCGAAAAAUUAGUACUAAAAAGAACGCGAUAGAAAUUUUUCAUCUGUGUUAAAAAUGUCGGUUUGCAAGCCGUGAUAGAAUUAACAAUAAAAACAUAGAAAAAGGAGAUUUUUCUUACAAAAAUAUUGAUAAUUUGGUGGAAUUUCGUAUUGUGGGGUUUUUGAAAAUAGUUAAAACGGCUUCUUUAAAGGAUAUUGGUUAUUUUAAACAAAUGUAUAGCACGGCUCAUGCCGUCCAAAAAAGUGCGUUUAAAUUAGAGUGCACAGAAUCUGAAGACCACUUUAAUUGUAUAUCUUUGCCUCCCGAUAUAAAGCAAUGUCGCUGCCUCGAGAAUUCCAUUUUAGUCAGGAGUUGUCGAAGCUGGAGACUCAGGUCCUGGGCACUUCGGCACCGCCGACGUCAACCGCUCUGUCCUGCUCCAUCGACCUGCCCACUGAUGUCAUCUCAGAGGCUAUCCUGUCCCCGGAUAAGGCAGGCUCCCUCAUGUCGGUGCAGUCAGCACCCCCGGAGCAGAGAGAACGCCCCGCCAGCCUGCUGCUCGAACUGCCAUUAGCCACGCAAGUAGGAGCUUACCUAUCAGCGAUGUCGCCAACGGAGCAGGAGGAAGACUCGCUGCUGACGCUCUCGUCGGUGACGGCGCGACCUCUGCUGGCCGCCUCCAGGAAACUGCGGCCGCCUCCCGACUCCUCCGCUGAAAGCACAGCCCCGCCAGACGGUGGCUACGGCUGGGUGGUGGUCUUCGGAGCGUUUAUGGUGCAGUUCUGGGUAGCUGGUCUUUUCAAGUCCUAUGGAGUUCUGUACGUGGAGAUUAUGGAGACUUUCCCCGAUUCCUCCGAGUCGGUGGCCUCUUGGAUACCGGCUGCGCUGUCUACGCUGUGUUUGGCUUUGGCGCCGCUAUCGUCAGCGCUAUGUGAGAAAUACUCGUGUCGCGUGGUUGUGUUCAUCGGAGGCCUGUUCUGCGCUACUGGUCUAGCUCUGUCGUACUUCAGCACUGGCCUGCUGCAUCUGCUGCUUAGCUUCGGAGUCAUGACUGGUAUUGGUGGAGGGUUAUCGACUACUCCCGGGAUUGUCAUCGUGUCACAAUACUUCGAUAAACACAGGGCAUUGGCUAACGGCAUAUGUGUGAGCGGGACGGCAGCUGGCAGCUUCGUAUUUCCUAUGCUAAUUGAAAAACUGGUCGAUAUGUAUGGAUUGCAUGGCACUGUUUUAUUAUUGGGAGGAGGCAUGCUCCACGUGUGUGUAUCAGCAACUCUCUACCGUCCAGCACCAGUGAGCUUCAACACCAUCUCCCUGGCAGACAGGACACCAGCCACCACCACCACCACUGAGAACACCACGCUGCUGCAUAAUAUACAGGAAGGGAUCAUGUUCAAAUCUGACUCUACGAAAGACAAUAGACUGGAGAGCCUGUUCCACACGGAGACAGAGCUGACCCUCAACCAGAAGAACCUACUCCUCAACGAGGAGAUGAAGAGGAACAACCUGGUGACGGAGAUUAUGCAUCCUAGUUUAAUUGAGGUCGCCCGUCAACAAAUGCAGUCGCAGCACUCAGAUUCUGAAGACUCCGAAGGUUUAGAUGUUCUAGGAGUAGUUGGUUUACCCAAAGAAGUAGCUCGUCUCCGGCUGCGUCCCACCAGGUCGUCUUCAAUUCUACAUUCAGUUGAAGACCUGUCCACUGACAGUACUUGUGUUUAUAAGGCGAGACGGAAUCUGAGCAGCAAAUCCCUCUACAUUCGGCCACCGCCCAGUCGACUGAUCCCCAGCAAGUUAGCUGAACCGAUCGUGAUCAAACCCGUCGAGAUACAGAAGGAAGAUGAAGUGCAAGUCGAGACGAAGACUGGAUGCGUUGAUAAGAUAUCUAGGUAUCUAGACGUGUCGCUGCUGCGGUCGUGGCGUUUCGGUGUGCUGUGCGCGUCUGUGGCGCUGAUGUCGUGUGGCUCGCCCUACGCGCUGUAUUACUUGCCGGCUUACACUGUCGCUGCGGGGCAUAGUAAAUCUGCUGCAGGUCAUCUGGUAGCCAUAAGCGCUGUGCUGGAUCUCUGUGGGCGAUUGGGACUUGGCUAUCUCUGUGAUCUGCACCUAUUUUGUAGAAGAAAAGCCUAUAUCGUCAGUAUCCUGGUAGCUGGUAUUGCUGUGUUGACUCUACCUAGCCUUAAAUCAUGGUGGGCACUCGCCAUCGCUUCAGGUGCCUACGGCCUCUGUCUAGGCUGUUGGUUCCUCCUCGUCCCGGUACUACUAGCGGACGCCUUCGGGACCGCUCGCAUCGCCUCGUCUUACGGACUGGUGCGGAUGUUCCAGAGUCUCGCUGCAGUUUCUGUACCUCCUACUGCUGGUCUCCUACGUGACGUCACAGGCGGUUACUCGUGGUGUUUCUACGGCAUGGGGUCAUGCAUGGUCCUAGGUUCGAUUCCCGUCAUAGCCUUCCACUUGAGCACCAAAAACGAAGACUCGGACUCCUCCGUAGAUUGAAAAUCCAAUCAAAAACUGUCUAGCAUAAGAAUUACAAGCGAUAACUCGCUUUUUAAUGUUGAAAAACAAACGGGGGUCUGUAGAACUGUUGAAAAUGUUUUUAAGGGGGUCAUUUAACUGUUCUAAGUGGGGUCUUGUUCUUGAUGGGGGUCAAAAAAUAUUGUUGGAGGUUCUUUUUUUGUAUUUUAACGGUGAUUGUAUGUAUGUGUCUAUGUGUGUUCUACCUAUAUACUUAGGUUUAUGUAUAUUUGAUUUCAAAGCCAAGAAAUGAGAUGUAGGUAGAUAAAAAUU